AUGGUAAUUCAUUUAAAAAUCUAUAUAGCUCCAAUUUCACAGAUUUAUUCUAUUGGGAACCUCUCUCUUAAUGAAAGAAGAAUUGGCUUUGCAAUAAAAAUUGGUGAGUAUGGUGGAAUACCAAAUCAAAAUUUAAGUGAUUGAUCGUAUAAAAAUGUCAGUCAAAAAAAUACUAAAAUUUAUUUUUAUCUUUCUUAUGCGCUUUUUAAGAAUUUAGAGGCUUAA